AUGGAGGUCCUUGGACACGGAUGGGCAGGGGGCUGCCUCUUGGGCUGCAAGGGCAAGUUCUCCUUGUCACCCCCCUUUGUGCAUCCCAACUUUGCUGACCCACUAGCUGCCCACGGCCUGAGAGAGGAGCCCGAGUUUGUGACCGCAAGAGCCGGUGAGGCUGUGGUCCUGCGAUGCGACGUGAUUCAUCCGGUGACGGGACAGCCCCCGCCCUAUGUCGUGGAGUGGUUCAAGUUUGGGGUACCCAUCCCUAUCUUCAUCAAGUUUGGCUACUAUCCACCUCAUGUGGACCCUGAGUAUGCAGGCCGGGCAAGUCUUCAUGAUAAAGCAUCCCUGCGGCUGGAGCAGGUUCGCUCUGAGGAUCAGGGCUGGUAUGAGUGCAAAGUGCUCAUGCUGGACCAGCAGUAUGACACCUUUCACAACGGCAGCUGGGUCCAUCUUACCAUCAACGCUCCUCCCACCUUUACAGAAACACCCCCCCAGUACAUUGAGGCCAAGGAGGGUGGCAGUGUUACCAUGACCUGCACAGCUUUUGGGAACCCCAAGCCCAUUGUCACCUGGCUCAAGGAGGGGACACUCCUAGGUGCUAGUGGGAAAUACCAGGUGAGUGAUGGCAGCCUGACGGUGACAUCGGUCAGUAGGGAGGACAGAGGCGCCUACACCUGUCGUGCAUACAGCAUCCAGGGAGAGGCUGUCCAUACCACUCACCUGCUUGUCCAAGGGCCUCCUUUCAUAGUUUCCCCUCCUGAGAACAUCACUGUCAACAUAUCCCAGGAUGCUCUGCUCACCUGCCGGGCAGAGGCGUAUCCCGGCAACCUCACCUACACCUGGUAUUGGCAGGAUGAGAACGUCUACUUCCAGAACGACCUGAAGUUGAGAGUGCGGAUCUUGAUUGAUGGGACCCUGAUCAUCUUCCGGGUGAAGCCUGAGGAUGCGGGGAAGUACACCUGCGUCCCGAGCAACAGCCUGGGGCGCUCCCCCUCUGCCUCAGCGUACUUAACUGUGCAGUACCCAGCCCGUGUCCUCAACAUGCCCCCUGUCAUCUACGUGCCCGUGGGAAUUCACGGCUAUAUCCGAUGCCCUGUGGAUGCAGAGCCACCGGCCACCGUGGUCAAAUGGAACAAGGAUGGCCGCCCCCUGCAGGUCGAGAAGAACCUGGGUUGGACCCUGAUGGAGGAUGGCUCCAUUCGGAUUGAGGAGGCCACAGAGGAGGCUCUUGGCACUUACACCUGUGUGCCUUACAACACCUUGGGGACCAUGGGCCAGUCUGCUCCCGCACGGCUUGUCCUGAAGGACCCCCCGUAUUUUACGGUGCUACCGGGCUGGGAAUAUAGGCAGGAGGCCGGCCGGGAGCUGCUCAUUCCCUGCGCUGCUGCAGGGGACCCUUUCCCUGUCAUCACGUGGAAAAAGGUAGGGAAGCCCAGCAGAAGCAAGCACAAUGCCCUGCCCAGCGGGAGUCUCCAGUUUCGAGCCCUGAGUAAGGAGGACCACGGGGAGUGGGAGUGCAUCGCCACCAACGUGGUCACCAGCAUCACUGCCAGUACCCACCUGACCGUCAUCGGCACCAGCCCCCAUGCCCCGGGCAGUGUCCGGGUCCAGGUCUCCAUGACAACUGCCAACGUGUCCUGGGAGCCAGGCUAUGAUGGAGGAUUCGAGCAGACAUUCUCAGUUUGGAUGAAGCGGGCACAGUUUGGGCCCCACGACUGGCUGUCUUUGCCAGUGCCACCGGGACCCAGCUGGUUUCUAGUGGACGCCCUGGAGCCUGAGACAGCAUACCAGUUCAGCGUCCUGGCCCAGAACAAGCUGGGAACGAGCGCCUUCAGUGAGGUGGUCACUGUGAACACUUUAGCAUUCCCUAUCACAACUCCAGAACCCCUGGUGCUGGUUACCCCACCGAGGUGCCUCACAGCCAACCGGACCCAGCAGGGUGUACUCCUGUCUUGGCUCCCCCCUGCCAAUCACAGCUUUCCCAUUGAUCGCUACAUCAUGGAAUACCGUGUCGGGGAACACUGGGAGAUCUUAGAUAGUGCCAUCCCAGGCACUGAUGGAGAGUUCUUUGCCAAGGAUCUGUCACAGGACACCUGGUACGAAUUCCGGGUUCUGGCCGUCAUGCAGGAUCUGAUCAGCGAGCCCAGCAACAUCGCCGGCGUCUCCAGCACAGACAUCUUCCCACAGCCGGACCUGACUGAUGAGGGGCUAGCUCGGCCUGUGUUGGCUGGAAUCGUAGCUACCAUCUGCUUCCUGGCAGCUGCCGUCCUGUUUAGCACCCUGGCCGCCUGCUUUGUCAACAAGCAGCGCAAGCGUAAGCUCAAGCGCAAAAAAGAUCCUCCACUCUCCAUCACUCACUGCAGAAAGAGCCUAGAGUCUCCCUUGUCAUCUGGCAAGGUGAGCCCCGAGAGCAUCCGCACGCUCCGGGCCCCUUCGGAGUCCUCCGAUGACCAAGGCCAGCCAGCGGCCAAGAGGAUGCUGAGUCCCACCCGGGAGAAGGAGCUGUCAUUGUACAAGAAGACCAAGAGGGCCAUCAGUAGCAAGAAGUACAGCGUGGCCAAGGCCGAGGCCGAGGCCGAGGCCACGACGCCCAUUGAGCUCAUCAGCAGAGGCCCCGAUGGCCGCUUCGUGAUGGAUCCCUCUGAGAUGGAGCCCUCGAUGAAGAGCAGGCGCAUCGAGGGCUUUCCCUUUGCCGAGGAGACGGACAUGUACCCCGAGUUCCGCCAGUCGGACGAGGAGAAUGAAGACCCGCUGGUGCCCACAUCUGUGGCUGCCCUGAAGUCCCAGCUGACCCCUCUGUCAUCUAGCCAGGAGUCCUACCUGCCACCACCAGCAUAUAGCCCUCGGUUCCAGCCCCGUGGGCUGGAGGGCCCCGGCGGCCUGGAAGGUCGGCUCCAGGCCACAGGCCAGGCCAGACCUCCCGCCCCCCGGCCCUUCCACCAUGGCCAGUAUUAUGGGUACCUCAGCAGCAGCAGCCCUGGGGAAGUGGAGCCGCCACCCUUCUACAUGCCAGAAGUGGGCAGCCCCUUGAGCUCAGUCAUGUCCUCCCCACCCCUGCACACUGAGGGGCCUUUCGGCCACCCCACCAUUCCUGAGGAAAACGGAGAGAACGCUUCCAACAGCACGCUGCCCUUGACUCAGACACCCACAGGAGGGCGCUCCCCUGAGCCCUGGGGCCGGCCAGAAUUCCCCUUUGGGGGACUGGAAACCCCGGCCAUGAUGUUUCCCCACCAGCUGCACCCCUGUGAUGUAGCCGAGAGUCUGCAGCCCAAGGCCUGCCUCCCCCGAGGACUGCCCCCCACCUCCCUGCAGGUGCCCGCGGCUUACCCGGGCAUCCUGUCUCUGGAGGCGCCAAAGGGUUGGGCAGGCAAGUCUCCAGGCAGAGGCCCCGUCCCAGUGCCCACCUCCGCUAAGUGGCAGGACAGACCUAUGCAACCUCUGGUGAGCCAAGGGCAGCUAAGACAUACCAGCCAAGGUAUGGGCAUACCCGUGUUGCCUUACCCCGAGCCGGCCGAGCCCGGGGGGCACAGUGGCCCCAGCACAUUUGGCCUGGACACCCGGUGGUAUGAGCCCCAGCCCCGGCCCCGGCCCAGCCCCCGGCAGGCCAGGCGCGCCGAGCCCAGUUUACAUCAAGUGGUGCUACAGCCCUCCCGGCUCUCGCCUCUGACCCAAAGCCCCCUCAGCUCCCGCACCGGCUCCCCUGAGCUUGCCGCCCGGGCCCGGCCUCGCCCGGGCCUCCUGCAGCAAGCGGAGAUGUCGGAGAUCACCCUGCAGCCACCGGCCGCUGUCAGCUUCUCUCGCAAGUCCACGCCAUCCACGGGCUCCCCUUCCCAGAGCAGCCGCAGCGGGAGCCCCAGCUACCGGCCCACCAUGGGCUUCACCACGCUGGCCACAGGCUACCCCUCCUCUCCGCCGGGCCCUGCAGGGCCUGCGGACAACCUGGAUGUGUUUGGACAGACGCCUUCCCCUCGAAGGAUGGGGGAGGAACUGCUCAGACCAGAGCCCCCCCCACCGCCUUUACCUACUUCAGGAACACAUCCACCUGCACCCGAGAAUGCUGCUGUACCUGAGAGGCUGGAGGCUCUGAAAUACCAACGGAUAAAGAAGCCCAAAAAGUCAUCCAAGGGCUCUUCGAAGUCAAAGAAAAGAUCCGACGGUUCUGCCUCCCAGGCUCAGCAGCUUCCAGACUCCCAGGUUCUGUGGCCUGAUGAAGCCGUCUGCCUCCGAAAGAAGAAGAGACAUUCUCGGCCUGACCCCUUUGCCCGCCUCUCAGACCUGUGCCACCGCCAGCUUCCGGAAGACCAGACGGCGAUUCUCAACAGCGUGGAUCACGACGACCCCGGCCACGCCACCUUGCUGUGACGCGGCGCAACUCUAAGUGGUCCCAGAGCAGCAGCUCUGGGCUGAGGGGCGGGGAGGGAGGAUGAGGGUGUGCCAGCAGAGGGGCAGUUUCGGGGGCUGCUCCGACCUUUGUUCUGCUCAUUCUCUCUCCAGCGAGGGUGCAGCCCUCCGAAUCCUGGCCAGCGUGUCUCGCUUUGGGGACAGCGGGUCAGUGGCAGACCUGUAGGUAGAGAUCAGGAAGUGAACUGGGGACAGGGAUCUGCCUCCUCCCCACCUCUCCCCUCUUCACUGGCUUGAUUUUUCUGACCUCUUCAAAUACCUUUGGAAGUGAAGAAGGGGAAAACAAUGGCUUUUACUGCUCUCUGCUUCUGUUUCAGUUUUUCAAGUCCUGCAAGAGGGCUAGACUGCCCAUCCCAUCUUCCAAAUCUACAUAUAUAUAGAUAUAGAUACAAAUGCAUAUGUAUGUAGUUUGUGGGUUUCUCUAUGUAUAUAUAUAUGUACAUUGAAGCAAAGUGCUGUUUAUUUUUGUGGUCAGUGAAGGAAGGAGGACGAGGGCAGCAGACUUGAGGGGUUUGUAAGGAGGACCGGCAGAGAGCCGGCUGGGCGUCCUGAUGUCUGUCCUGGGUGUUAUUCCUCCUGAAACAGGAUUCAUGCCUUCUCAGCUGAACUCACUUCGUCUCUCUACCCUCUCCCAUCCAGAGCAGAAAUGGGGCUUGCCAUGACUGCCGGCUGCCUGCUUUGGGGGGUUCAGUGAUGAGUUACCACAGAACUAAACACAAGCCUUUAUUUCUUGGUUCCUGGGUGAAGAGAGGGUGGCCAGCAAAGGGCCAGACUGGUAUCUUUCUUUCUUCCACAGUUUGGCUCAUGCUACGGCAGUCGAAGCUGCUUAGCAGUGGGGCCAAGAGGCAGGUCCUGAUGCACAAACUCGAGCUCAUCUGUCAGUAGUCCCUCUUAGUCCAGCCAGGGACAGGAGCCCUGCGGCCAAAGGGCCUCCCGUUCUGGAGCGAUCUGUGCUGAGCACCAAGCUGCCGCGGCUCUAUUUAUAUCCUGCCUCUGGCUCGGCACCCUCCAGAGGACUGUUCCAAAGGCGCUGAUUGGAUUCCUCCUUUCCUUUUGUGGGAGCUAAUUCCCCAGAUUGAUUAAUUGCCACUUGUGGGGAGCCUGCCUGUGGCUGGCUCCUUUCCAUCUCUCCACGUGUUGCCUGCAGACUCUUCUUUGCCCUGGGCCCUCCUCCAUCCCGUGGACCCAAGCUCUAACAGGAUGGGAUCAGAGGAAGCGAGGGUGCCCCCGGUUUCCAGGCUCUGGGGGCACUCUGGAUCCCCUCUGUCCUCCCCAGUUUUACUUAUGUGAAACUGGCUGAGGUGAGGGGGCUGGUGAAGAUAGAAGGGGUGGUAGGUGGGGGCCUGGGCUCUGAUCCUUUUUCUGCCAAAAUCUUGUCCUAAUUCGAACUCUUAGCACCCAGAAGCUUCUGUGAGGUUGUCUUUAAGUGACUAAAGAUGCAUCUCUCUCUUCCAGUGAGAUAAUGAUGCUGCCCAAGAGUAGGGCAGAAGGUCCUGAAGACGGAUGGGGGUGCCCCUGCUCUUUCCCCUCUUCUUCUGCAGGAGCCUACCCUCUGGCUGCCUGGGAAGAAAGGUGGCUAUCAGGUUCCUUGAAGUAUUUCCUUCUCGGUGCUGUUGUCUUGGCGGGUUUGGGGACAUCUACCUCCCCCCAGUUGCAUGCUUGGAAGUUGUCCAAGUCAAAGCAC